GACAUAUCCCUUUAAAACUACACUUUUGUAUCGUUCCUCAUACAUAUAAAGCAGUGUGAUUCACACAUAUAAAGUAGCGUAUUUACUGUUGUAUGAUGCAACAUUAAUGCAAAGCAUGUGCUUAAUUAUGUGUGGAGUUUAAUAUCAAAUAGAAGGGAAGUCUACAGAGGUUUCAAAACUUAUCUGUUAAUCAUCGUAGAAUUUAUCACCCUAAAGGCUGUGGACGUAAAACGACUCAAAAGAUAUGAGUGGAGAAAACUCCAAAGAGUUAAAAAGCGGGGAUACAGAGCUAAAGAAGAAUGUCGGGCUGCUAUCCGCUACUGCACUGAUUGUUGGAACAAUGAUAGGAUCUGGAAUUUUCAUUUCACCGAAAGGAGUUUUAGAAGGGACUGGUUCUGUCGGGCUGAGUUUAAUAACAUGGGGUGCAUGUGGACUGCUGUCAAUGUUUGGUGCUCUCGCGUAUGCGGAAUUAGGUACAAGUAUUCCGAAAUCUGGAGGCGAACAUGCCUAUCUAAUGUACACGUUUGCAAGUGAAAAAUGCAAACUAGGAAAUGUAGUUGCGUUCCUUUAUGAUUGGGUGGGGAUGUUUAUUCUUAGACCGACAAUGUUCACGGUGAUGACGCUAUCUCUUGGAACUUACAUGGUGAAACCAUUCUAUCCCACUUGCACAGAUCCGCCAGUUUUACCGGUCAAAUUAUGUACAAUAGCCGCUAUGUUAUUUCUUGCCGCCGUAAACUGCUUCAGUGUGAAAUGGGCUACUUACUUGCAGAAUAUCACCACAUGUAUAAAACUUGUUGCUAUAGCAAUCAUCACGGUUGGUGGACUCUACAAAAUUUGCAAAGGUAACACGAUGUAUAUUGCUGAGGGGUUCCAAGACACAGCUGAGGAUCCAUCGCUUAUUGCAAUAGCCUUUUAUAAUGGGCUUUGGGCAUACGAAGGAUGGAAUAAUCUUAAUUUUGUGACUGAAGAACUACGCAAUCCAGAAAGAAAUCUACCGCUGGCCAUAUACCUGGCAAUCCCGCUCACGACAGUGGCAUAUGUUCUUACCAAUGUUGGCUUUUUUGCCGUCAUGUCUAAAGAGGAAAUUCUUGUUUCUCAUGCAGUGGCGGUUACAUGGUCCAAUUACAUGCUUGGUGUGAUGUCAUGGAUAAUGCCAAUUUUUGUUUGCUUCUCGUGUCUAGGUUCUGCAAACGGUUGUUUAUUUGCCUCUGGAAGGUUGUGUUUUGCUGCUGCCCGCGACGAACAUGUUCCUAAAAUUUUGUCAUUUAUUCAAGUAAAAAGGUUAACACCAAUGCCGUCAAUCAUAUUUACAACAAUAAUUGCAAUAGUAACCCUUAUUCCUGGAGAUCUGAGCACAUUGAUAGAUUUCUACAGCUUUUCAAUAUGGCUUGGAUACGGAAUAACAAUUUUAGCUUUACUCAUACUCCGGUACAAAGAGCCGGAGCUUAGAAGACCCUAUAAAGUGCCACUACCUAUUCCAGUCCUUGUGCUGUUAAUGUCAUGUUACCUGACAAUAUCGCCUGUUAUUCAGACCGGACGUAUCACAUUCCUAUAUGCUGUGCUUUUUAUAGCCUCUGGAUUAUUUUUUUAUAUUCCAUUUGUCUACUGCAAAUUCAAACUUCCUUAUUCUAAGAGAAUCUACACAUUCCUACAGUUACUGAUGCAAGCUGCUCCCACGAAACAUGAAUGAAUAUAUCGACGAAAUCUUUUGUAUAGAAGUUUUAAUGAAAACAUCAGUGAAUAUAUUUGUAUAUGAUUUGUAUAUAGACAUUCUGUAAUGUUUUGCGAUACAGUCAUCAAGUGACGUCGAUCAAAAGCGCCGUAUGCAAAGAGGUCAAUAUGAAUAGUCGGGAAGUGCGUAUAUAUGGGAGGACAUUUCCUUUUUCACUUUGCGUUAAAGCAAAACGGUACGCUUUCAGAAGUAAACCAUUUAAGCUUUCGAAACCAAGAGGUAUUCAAAUGCUUUGCGAAUGUAAACCUUGCGGGUCGUACUAGAUGAAGCAGACGGCAGUCAGAGAACAGAAAGAAAAGACGGUGAAACAUCUUAAGCUGAAACGAAUGACACACAGAAAAAUAUAGCGCCAGUCAAAAUUACUUAUAUUUAUAAUAAUAAUAUAAUAAUUAAAAAAAUCAGUGCAAGAUCUAAACGUAUGGUACAUAAUUUCAAAUAAAGUUGGUUGCUGGAAGAGAAGAAAAUAAAACUAUUUUUUGCUACAUUGAAGCUUAAGUAAUGACAGAUUUUCAUAUUAACUUGUGUGGUGAAAGCAACGAGUAAUACAUAUUCAAUAAAUAUCAUUUGGCUUACAGA